CUCCGGGCCAGACACACACACACACACACACACACACACACACACACACACACACACACACACACACACACACACACACACACACACACACACACACACACACACACACAAGGGACUGUCUCAGCUGUUAUUUUCGUUAAGGAGUGUGCACGUACAGCAUGCACGCCUCGUGCACAAGCCUACUAUUGAAGCUGCCGUUACACUUUUGGCCUGAGGGGGCAAUCUCGAGCAUAAAAUUUCUAAACUCCGUAAAGUCCCUUUAAGACAGACUCAUAGACACACCUAGAGCAAAGUUAUCAGUCACUGCAUGACCAAAAAGGAGAAGACAGUAACUGGAGAAAUUAUUUUUCACAGCACUUUCAUAGUGUUUUCCCUCUGCAGAAGAAUCUAGAACGUGUGUGGUAGAUGAUGUUGUGAGCUCAGCACCAUGGAUCAUUGUGAGAACAGGGAAGAGGAUGUUCCUGAUGGCUUCUGGAAGCCUGGACAGACAGACAGGUUUGAACAUCUUUCUGCUACAAACAGGAGCCUCGUUUAUUCUGGAUCUGCUGCUGAAGAGCAACUUGAACCAAGCUGCGUGUCCUUUAAGAGUUGUUGGUCAUCUGAUCGCUACAUUGAUUUUAAACAAAGACGUACGACUUCAGAAAGGGAUGAUCCCAGAACACUGUCUGCAAAGAGGUUCUAUGGCAGAUCUGCAGAUCCUGAACCCAGCCAAGCGUCCCAAGCAAGUCACAGAUCAUCUGAUUGCUACAUUCACUUUAAGAAACAAAAGAGGGUGAAGCUGGAGAAACAUGAAACCAGUUGGAUUCCAUCACAGUGGAAAUGCCUUCGAGAAAAUCCAAAACCUUCCAAAGAAAAACGUGACUGCAUCUCUGAAAGUUCAAGCCAACAGAGCUCAGAGGUUUCCAGUUGCCAGUCUACCCAGCAGCAUCAAACAGAGCUGGACUCCAUAUUCGUGGAACUGGAGGAGAAAUUUGGCACUUUUGUGAAGAAUGAACUGCAGACGAUAAAGAUGGUUCUGAGUGCAGAUGUCGCAGAAUGCGCAGGUAGUGGCAAGGUAGGCGAUGAGCGGAUGUGUGAGAACAAAGACCAGAGGAGCAACAGGGAGGCAUUGGUAAACAUCACAGUGCGUUUUCUGAGGGAAAUCGGGCAGGAUAAACUGGCAGAUCGUCUGCAAAAAAAAACUCUUGCUGCAGUCUGCCAGCGUGAAGUUAAAUCUCGUCUGAAGCAAAAGUUUGAGUAUGUGUUUGAGGGGAUCGCUAAAGCAGGAAACCCAGCCCUUCUGAACCAGAUCUACACGGAGCUCUACAUCACAGAGGGAGGGACUGGAGCGGUCAGUGAUGAACAUGAGGUCAGACAGAUUGAAACAGCAUCCAGGAAAGCAGCCAGACCAGAAACAACAAUCAGACAAGAAGACAUCUUUAAACUCCCACCCGGAAGACACGAACCAAUCAGAACAGUGAUGACAAAGGGAGUGGCUGGCAUCGGGAAAAAGCUCUUGACACAGAAAGUCGUUCUAGACUGGGCUGAAGACAAAGCCAACCAGAACAUCCACUUCAUGUUGCCGUUCACCUUCAGAGAGCUGAAUCUGCUGAAGGAGAAGACGUUCAGCUUGGUGGAACUUGUUCAUCACUUCUUUACUGAAACCAAAGAAAUCUGGAGCUUUGAAGAGUUCCAGGUUGUGUUCAUUUUGAUUGGUCUGGAUGAGUGUCGACUUCCUCUGGACUUCCACAACACCCAGAUCCUAACUGACCCUGCGAAGUCCACCUCAGUGGAUGUUGUGCUGAUAAACCUCAUCAAGGGGAACCUGCUUCCCUCUGCUCGCCUGUGGAUCACCACAAGACCUGCAGCAGCCAAUCAGAUCCCUCCUGCGUGUGUUGGCAUGGUGACAGAGGUCAGAGGGUUCACUGACCCACAGAAGGAGGAGUACUUCAGGAAGAGAUUCAGAGAUGAGGAGCAGGCCAGCAGGAUCAUCUCCCUCAUCAAGUCAUCACGAAGCCUCCACAUCAUGUACCAAAUUCCAGUCUUCUGCUGGAUCACUGCUACAGUUCUGGAGGACAUGUUGAAAACUAGACAGCAGGAAGUGGUGCCCAAUACCCUGACUGAGAUGUACAUCCACUUCCUGGUGGUUCAGAUAAAAGUGAAAAAGGUCAAGUAUGAUGGAGGAGCCGAGACAGAUCCACCCUGGAGUCCAGAGAGCAGGAAGAUGAUUGAGUCUCUGGGAAAACUGGCUUUUGAUCAGCUGGAGAAAGGAAACCUGAUCUUCUAUGAGUCAGACCUGACAGAGUGUGGCAUCGAUGUCAGAGCAGCCUCUGUUCACUCAGGAGUGUUCACACAGAUCUUUAAAGAAGAGAGAGGACUGUACCAGGACAAGGUCUUCUUCUUUGUUCAUCUGAGUGUUCAGGAGUUUCUGGCAGCUCUUCACGUCCAUCUGACCUUCAGCAAGUCUGGAGUCAAUCUCCUUGAAGAACAGCAAACCACUUCCCAAGAGUCUAAAACAAGAAAAAGUGAGUCUGCAGAGACACUCUUUUACCAGAGUGCUGUGGACAAGGCCUUGCAGAGUCCAAAUGGACACAGAGACUUGUUCCUCCGGUUCCUCCUGGGCCUUUCACUGCAGACCAAUCAGACUCUCCUACGAGGCCUGCUGACACAGACAGGAAGUAGCUCACAGACCAAUCAGAAAACAAUCCAGUACAUCAAGGAGAAGAUCAGUGAGAAUCCGUCCACGGAGAAAAGCAUCAACCUGUUCCACUGUCUGAAUGAACUGAAUGAUGUUUCUCUAGUGGAGGAGAUCAAACAGUCUUUGAGUUCAGGAAGUCUCUCAGCAGAAAGCCUGUCUCCUGCCCAGUGGUCAGCUCUGGUCUUCAUCUUACUGUCAUCAGACCAAGACCUGGAUGUGUUUGACCUGAAGAAAUACUCAAAUUCAGAGGAAGCUUUUCUAAAGUUGUUGCCAUUGGUCAAAGCGUCAAACAAAGCUAUAUUGAGCGGCUGUAAUCUGGCUGAGAAAAGCUGUGAGGCUCUGUCAUUAGUUCUCGGUUCCCACUUCUGUAAUCUGACGGAGCUGGACCUGAGUAACAAUGACGUCGGAGACUCAGGAGUGAAGCAGCUGUGUCUUGGAUUGAAUGAUGGUUUGAAGAACGCACACUGUGAGCUGGAAACUCUCAGGCUCUCAGGGUGUCAGAUUACAGAUGAAGGCUGUGGUUCUCUGGUCUUAGCUCUCGACGAAAACCUCACACGUCUGAAAAAGCUGGACCUGAGCUACAAUCAUCUAGGAGAAGGGAGGAGAGCAUCAUUGACUUCUAGGCGAGACGAUCCAAACUGGAGCCUGGAAACUCUUGAGGUGGAGCCUGCUGGACAACGAUGGUUGACACCAGGUCUGAGGAAGUAUUCUCAUCAACUCACGAUCGACGCGGACACCGUAAGCAGAAAACUCAAACUGUCUCACAACAACCAGAUGGUGGCACAUGGGGAGGAACUUCAGACGUACCCUGAUCACCCAGACAGAUUCGAUGUAAAGCCUCAGCUGUUGUGUAAAACCGGCCUAACUGGUCGUUGUUACUGGGAGGUUGAGUGGAAAGGAAGAGUAGAUGUAUCAGUGAGUUACGGAGGAGUCAACAGGAAAAGAGAAAGUCUCGGCUGUAUGUUUGGGCAGAACGAUCACUCGUGGAGUUUGAGGUGUUCUGAUUCUAGUUUCUCUGUUUGGCACAACAACAAAAAGGAACCCAUCAUCUCCUCCGUCUCUCACAGAGUAGCAGUCUAUGUGGACUGUCCUGCUGGCAUUCUGUCCUUCUACAAAGUCUCCUCUGACUCACUGAUCCACCUCCACACCUUCAACACCACAUUCACCGAAACUCUUUAUCCUGGAUUCAUGCUAAAACCAGCUUCCUCCGUUUGUCUUCAUUGAGUUGCAAGAGAAAUACUCAGUUGUGUACACCCAAAAUCUAUAAAACUCAAUAAAAUAUACGAGAGAGAGCCCUGUGUAACGUGAUGAAGGACCUCUUCCAGGUUAUUUACCCUCUCCACACAGAUGCCUCUGACACACGACUAAUCUGCAUGAGACUGUCUCAAGGUCAUGCAUUUGCUUCUAAACUGCUUCUUUCCAGCUCAAGAGAAGAAUUAAGACAAAGGACUUUCCUUUUAAUAAAUCAAAGAACUCUAUUUUUAAUAAAGCUAAUCAAACAAAGUGUUAGUCAAUAAUAUAAUGUCCGAAAUGACAAUGUUAUGAUUAAUAUGCUUUAAUAAGUAAUAUGACUUUAAUCUAGCUGCACUAGACACACUGAUAUACAUAAUGUAAACGCACGGCACAUUGCUUACUCAUCCAAUCAGAAACUUUUUUUUUCCUUUAGUCAAUAUUUUUGUUCUGUCAAUUUCUUAAUUUUUGUUUGACUGUCAAAGUGUUUUUCUUGAUCAUUUUAAGAAUCUGACUCAGUAAGUUUUUCUUUUGAAACGAAUUUUUUUCUUUCAAUGUCUAAAAAUUUGUUUGAUCUCCAAAGUGUUUUCUCUUGAUCCUAUUGGCACAAAUCUAAUUCCAUACAUUUUGGAUGUGGUCCAGUGUGGAAAGGGAAAGUGAAAAUCUCAAAGGCCAAUGAAUGUGACUCUGGUCCGCAUUCUCAGGAGCAUCAGAUUAUUAUGCUUAAUGACUUAUACAUGUGUAUGUAAUCUCAAUGAUUACUGCUGUCUCGUUUAUUUCUUUAGGUGUAAUAAAGCUGUUUGCAUAACUUG